GUCAAAGUGAAAGAAGGAUCAAUGAUGUCGUGUACUUCACGAGUCGUUGUUUUGGUUUGUCUUAUAUUAACCAGCUACUGUGCAAAAGAGAAAAGUAAAGAAAAUGAACAGUGGAAGAAAAAGGAUAUCCGAGACUAUUCAGAAGCUGAUUUAGAACGCCUCUACGAUCAGUGGGAGGAAAAUGAUGAUGAAGAAUUACCUGAGGAUGAAUUGCCCGAGUGGAAGAGAGAACCUCCUAAAGUUGACCUCUCCCAGCUUGACCCCAAUAACCCUGAGCUGAUGCUGCAGGCCUCCAAGAAAGGACGGACUCUGAUGAUGUUCGCCACAGUAUCAGGUGACCCAACAGAGAAAGAAACAGAACAGAUUACACAAUUAUGGCAGACCAGCUUAUUUAAUGCUAACUACGAGAUACAGAGGUACGUUGUGGGCAGCAAUAGAGUGAUAUUUAUGAUCAAGGAUGGCUCCAAGGCAUGGGAGAUAAAGAACUUCCUGGUCACCCAGGACCGAUGUGAGGAGGUCACCAUCGAGGGAAAGAACUACCCCGGGGCUGCCGCCAAGGACAAAGAUGCAGAUAAAUCAAAACAGAAAGAAGAGAAAAAGAAAACCAAGAAAAAAGAAGAUAACGUUGCCAGCAAAAAGCCUGAGAAGAAGUCUGCCAAAAAAUCGGAAAACGAUAUUCGUAGAAACGAUGAGUUAUGAUCACUCAGGAGACAUAGUUCAACAAACAGACAGAGUUGGAUAGUUUUGUGGAGGCAAUUUUGUGGUGCUCAAAGGAAGAAACACCCACCACCUACCAUUACCAACAUCAGAUGGAGGCAGCAAGCAAACGUUUCUCUAACAUUAAUAUAUUAACUAUCAAUCAAGGAGUUGGAAAGAAAGGUGCGGGGUAAAUGGAUAGGGGAGAGACUGAUCGUACAUUUUUUGACAUUUAGUUAUUUUUAUGCUCUUUUUUGAUAGAAUAAAAUAUAUUGCCAAAGACAUAAAAAAAACAAAUUAUUAAUUCAUUAUUUUAUUUGUCAUUUAUAUCAGAAACAAAGGGAGAACAAAAUAAGAAAAGGUUUUUGAUAGGGUUAAUGCAAUAUAAUUUUACAUGAGACCAAGUGUUCGAUGAUGUAAAAUUUGACACAAGAAAUAUGCCAUAAUGUUUCAUAUUUAUACAAAUAUUUGUAUAUAUUUUAAUGAUUUCAUAUUUAGAUGAAAAUACUGCUCAGUAUAUGUACUUUUGAUAUUGUUUUUUGCUUUUUUUCAUAAAAUGAGUUCUGUUCUGUGUUAUCAGAUGACUGCGUCUUUAGUUACAGAACAAAUUAUUAAAAUAAUUGUAAUUAAGAACAAAGUCAUUUUAAUAUUUAUCUCUAAGAAUGGAAACUAUAGUUGCCAAGUGGACCAAAUGUUCAUUUUUUUUUGCACUUUCAUAGAUCUACAUUUGUAUAUGUUAAAGUUACUAGGAUAAAGUGCAAUAGAUUCUGUUACAAAAAGCAAAAUUAUCUUUAAAAAUCCCCAAAGCAAAAAAAAAAUAAAACCAAAAAACCAAUAAAAAUCUCUGAAAAAAUUUGUUAUUUGGUGCAGAUUUGAAUUUCCUGGGGCUUGAGAGAAACAACCUAGAUUUGAAUUAACCUCUUGCAAUGUUGAUUGUUAAUUUUUGAUGUGUGAAGUUAUAUUGUUAAUUAACACUUCCGUUACAAUGUUAUGUCACAUUUCCUUAAUCUGGAUAACAGUACUCAUGACUGGCCUAGACAAUGUAUUAUACAUUAAGAAAAAAUUAACAAAACUGGAAAUUUUACGAAGUGGAUUUUCUAUAAUUGUUUAUAAUGAAUAAAAUACUGAGAAAAAAGAGAAA